CCCCACUCUCUCCUGUGCAGCCGACGCGCUUCUCGUCUCCAGAACCUCGUCUCCACAAGCAUGUCCUCAGACAUGCAGCCACGGUGGCAUGAAGCGACCCAAAAGAUGCCAUCGGGACAACAUAUGCGCGGUGGCCAUGGCUAUUAACCAUGCGGCUGGAGCCAGAUAUGCCCAUCGUUUCCGUCUGUCAGAGAAAAGUCUCUUUGGUGCUACUCGCAGCGCAGGCCCUCUGAAUAUGCCAGCGAAGCACAAGAAAAUCCUGCGGACUGCUUAAUGCUCUCUGUUCCAUCCGAGUUGUACGUGGCAACAAAGAAACCAAAUGACAUGGAUGUCUUUAAUUUUACAUCCUGGAAUGCCUCUGAAGGGAAUGAGACAGAAGUCGUGGAAGAGAGAGACAGUCCUUACAAGACCGUGGAGGUAGUGUUCAUCGUGCUGGUGGCUGGUUCCCUGAGUUUGGUCACCAUCAUCGGCAAUAUCCUGGUCAUGCUUUCCAUCAAAGUGAACAGGAACCUACAAACUGUCAACAACUAUUUUUUAUUUAGCCUUGCAUGUGCUGACCUAAUUAUUGGACUGUGCUCAAUGAACUUGUACACAGUAUAUAUAGUAAUAGGCUACUGGCCACUGGGGCCAGUAGUGUGCGACUUGUGGUUGGCUUUGGACUAUGUGGUCAGUAAUGCGUCUGUCAUGAAUCUCCUCAUAAUAAGCUUUGACAGAUACUUCUGUGUCACCAAGCCCCUGAGCUACCCUGUAAAGAGAACCACCAAAAUGGCAGGAAUGAUGAUUGCUGCUGCAUGGGUCCUUUCUUUCAUCCUCUGGGCACCUGCUAUCCUCUUCUGGCAGUUCAUCGUUGGUGGGCGGACUGUGCCUGAGAAAGAGUGCUAUAUUCAGUUCUUUUCCAAUGCCGCUGUUACUUUUGGAACUGCAAUUGCCGCCUUUUACCUGCCUGUCAUUAUCAUGAUUCAGCUAUACUGGCAAAUCUCGCGAGCGAGCAAAAGUCGAAUGAAGAAGAAGAACAACCGCAAGCCAUCAGAAUCAAACCCAGAACCUUUGUUACCAGGCCAGAGGAGAGAGAGCACUCCUAAACCCAACAAUAACAAUGUUCCUGGGGAAGAUGGAGCACAUUCCCAGAACCAGAGUGCAGAUGAUGGAGCUAACCACCAUGAUGGAAAGCUGCAGAAUGGAAAAGGCCCUUCAUCAUCUACUGCCGAUGUAGAAACGGAGGGUGACAGUGUUGCAAAGCAGAACUGUGCUCCUGCAGAAGAGAAGGACAGCUCAAAUGACUCCACAUCCGGCAGUGUGGCAGCUUCCAAUCAGAAGGAUGAAGAACAAGUCGCCUCUGCAGCAAACUCCAGUGCUGAGGCUACACAGCAGCUUCCACGGCAACGAGCCAAGGCUGGGGGCUCCAAACUGACCUGCAUCAAGAUCAAGACCAAGUCCCCAAAGGGUGACUACUACACACCAUCAAAUGCCACAGUUGAGAUUGUGCCAACCACAGAACGUCAGAACCACGUGGCAAGGAAGAUUGUGAAGAUGACGAAGCAACCACCAAACAAGAAGAAGAAAGGAGCCCCGUCGCGGGAGAAAAAAGUUACCCGCACGAUAAUGGCCAUCCUGGUGGCUUUCGUAGCUACCUGGACUCCAUAUAACGUGAUGGUACUCAUUAAUACUUUUUGUUCCAGUUGCAUUCCCAACACUGUUUGGACUAUUGGUUACUGGCUGUGCUACAUCAACAGCACCAUCAAUCCAGCCUGCUAUGCUCUGUGUAAUGUCACGUUCAAAAAGACAUUCAAACAUCUCCUCCUCUGCCAAUACAGAAACAUUCGAUCAGCCAGAUAAAUACAAGCCCCCACUGGAGGAAACACUGAAGUGUGUAUAUGUCGUACGUAUGGGUGCUGUGUGUUAUCCAUGUAUAAGAGUUUAUGUGAAAAAUGUGUGAGAAUGAGACAAGAACAUUUCAAAAUCACUUUCUACCAUUUCAUCAUUCGUUUUCCAAUUUCCCUCAAUAAGAUGUUGUAGCACUUUACUCUUAUUCAACUGAAUUGAGUUGCUGUCACUUGUGUUGUGCAGGAGCAAUGUAUAAAACGAGGGUUGUAAAAACGCAUUUAGAUUUGAAACCUUGAAAAAAGAUCAGCUAACACAAGGAGUGUAACAGAGAAGGAUGCUGAGCUGAUUGAAAAGAAAGCCGGCUAAAAGACAGAAGACGAUCUGUGCCGUAUGGAAGAUGCUUCAAAAUGGGAAAAUAGGGCUGACUGAAUUUUCAAACCUUUCAAGUUUGAAAUUCAGUAAAGAUAUUUGUAGAUAUCUGUAUAUAAAUUCUAUUUGUGUGUGUACAUGUGGGUGUGUGCUAGCUUAGUGUCUGUGUUCACACCCACUUGUGCCUCUUUGCUUGCCUUCUUUCGAUGUGUGAUCAUCCUCAUCACAGCUCUUCCUACCAGCAAUAUAUUGAAAACUGAGUGUUGUGUUUAGGCUUUCACUGACGGCUUCUCAUCCUGAUUGGUAGUCAUCUAAUUGAGCAAAAAGCCUCAGUAAAAAUCAAUAGGCAAAACUUCAUUAAAUACUAAUGCAAUAAAGUUUCAGUUGUCAAAUCUGCACACAAAAGAGAAGAACUGAAAAUAUUGCUUCAAAUUGCUAUUGUGAUUUCAGAAUAGUUGAAAAGAAGUCUAUUUCACUUCAACAUUUAAUCAAUACUGUUCACGUUUGUGGGGUGUUUGAAAGGUUACAAAGUUCCUACUAAGUCUCUUAACUUUAAUCUCAUUUCCUUUUUUAAAAUGACAAUAAGCAUUUUGCCACAUUAAAGGGACAUCUUGAAACUUGUGGGUGGUACAAAAACAUCAAAUUUUAUGGUUUCAAACCCACUUUCUGAUGAUGGUUCAAGACAAUCAACAUUAGGGAUGCAGCAGGAAAUCAGCCAGUUACUGAAAUUUGAACAUUUUUUUGUUUGACCGCUGUUCAAAUUUCAUCCCUGGGGAAAGGAGCCCAGCAUGUUAUAAAUGCUGUAAUACAGAUGACCUUCUUAGCAGGAUAUUAGGUUCUGUAUUGGUCCAGCAAUGACCCAAUUGGUUCAAUCACAUGUUGAAGCAGGAAAACAACUUAAAAGAUGCAACACUGCUGGAGCUAAGCUACUGGAAAUGGCCAAAGAUUAUCUGGGAUGUUAACUCUAGAUGGGCACAGCAUGCACACCUGUAAAAUAUGCCAUUCGUAAAGUGAAGUCCCAAAUUUCUGUAACCUACUGAAAAUGUGUGAACUGUGGAAAAAAACAUAUAAAGUCCUUAUUUGCAUGACCUGCCAUUUAGGGCAUACUCAACCAAAUCUCACAAUUUGGACCCAUCAAAUUAAGUAUAGUGAGGAUUAUAGUAAGAGAUUAUGAUUAUGUUACCGCCUCAUCAUGUUUCCUGCAAAGAAUCUAGCUAAUACAACUUGUCAUGUACUAUUAAAGUGAAAGUCAAAGUGAAUAAAUGAAGACAUAUUGACCAGACAACCGAAGAGGAAAAAAAAAAAAAAUCUUUAUAUAUGGCAUGAAAUCGUUCAGUCGCACUUUUUCAUUUGCUGCAGUCCUCAUCACUUCAGCUUUUACUGCUGACAGGAUGUCAGGUGUUGAUUUUUAUGGCAGCUAUUAGGAUAUUUAUGUUUGCUGUCAGGUUACGAAGAACUCAGUGAGUCAAACAGGAGGUAGGAGCUCAGAGCUGUCCUGUAUUAGGGUCUGUGGGAGGGCAUUUUGUGGUGUGUGAGUGUGCAGAGGAGUGGAUAACUUUAUUUGAUCUUUCUGAUUCAUUGAUGGACGUCGCAGCACGUAUCGUAAGGAUGAAAUUCGUGAACUUAUGGAUGUGUGUGGGUAAACCUGCUGAUGUAUGCUUGCGUGCUCCAAGUGUGGAGUUUACUUCUGAUCACAGGUCUCAGCCUCGUGAUUUCAAAAAGGGCUAUUUUUACGUCUCCAUACUCUUGUUGCGACUCCUCUCCAUUUGAUCUGGUAAUUGAUUCCGAGUCAUCGUAGUUAAAUUAAAAGUGAUAAGUUGCUGUGUUUACUUUAGUGCCAGAAGAAAUGAAAAAAUAUCAAUUUACCAAGAGGCAUGUACUGUGUUUUCAUGCAUGUCAUCCAUCAUUUCAGCCUAUUAGACCAUUCUCAGUUACAGUAAUGCGGCUUGCUCGUUGGAGUGAUGAAUAUGCAGCAGCAUUUGCCAUCAGGAGGUUGCCACAGUGGCUGGUAGGGGGGCUUUGCUGAGAUUUACGCCUGCACCGGAUACUUCCUUGAGGCUGUCGGCUUUAAAGAGAGAUCUGGGACAGAUCCUAUAAUGAAAACUCACCAUGAGGCUGAUCAGAUUACGGCCGAUGUGGAACACCUACAUUUUAGAUUAAAGGCUGCCCAUUACACGCUCAGCUUGUGGUUGCAUGCUACAAUCCAGUGCCCCACUUAUAGCAUGGUUCUUCUCAGUCAUUAUCUCUGUAUGGUCUCUAAUUUUCAUAAGGUCACGAGUGUAACAUAAAUAUUACAUGUACAAUUGUGUUGAGCACCCUGUUACUUGUUAAUGCUUUGCCCCUAAAAUCCCUCUCCCAGCUAGAUAACGCUAUAAAUACUAUUUCUAGAGUAAGUGUUUAGUCUGAGCUUUUCAUUGAGGAUCAGUCCAGUUAUAUUUUCAAGUCAGCAUAUUGCACAGUAUAAUAAAUUUUACCCUUUAGUUUCUGCUACUUCUGUCACAUUACAACCACAAACUGUUGACUAAGAGGAGAAUGCGUGUUUCGAACAUCAAGAGAAAUGGUUACUCAUUGUUCUAUGAAAAACAGAACAAAAUUAAACAUUCAAGCGUAAUCAGACUGAAUGGAGAACAACAUGGAGAACAUCGAUUUCCAAGUCUUGCUUCAGAUUCUCAGUUAGAUUUUGCUCUGGUCUUGACUCGACCAUUCAAACACAUGAACAUGCUUCGAUCCAACUCAUUCUGUUGAACUCCUGACUGCAUGUUUAGGACUGCAUGCUGCUGAAAGGUGAACCUCUGAUUCAGCGGCUGUUGGUUGCGACCUGGAGUAGAUUUGCUCUGUAUUUGGCUCCGUCCACCUUCCUGUCAACUCUGACUAUCUUAAACAGCUCUGCUUGGCCUUAUCUAUCUAGAGGGUCUUCCUCCAUAUUUGCAGUGGCUUAUGGCACACUGUAAAUAGUCACUUGUUAUGAUGUUCUUCUAAAAGGCCAGAUGAGUGGAGUGUAGGUAUAGUUGUGCUGUAAACGGAUUUCCUCACUGCUGCAGCUCCUCGUGAAAUACAACUGGGCUUUUGACUGUAUGCAUUUCAAAUUUAUACACAGGUGGACUUUUCUUUACUAAUUGAGUGAACUCUAAAUAUGAUUCUAUUCUGGUGUAUCAGAAUAAUUCUAUUAUUUAUUUGACAAAAAUUCACAACCAUAUAAAUUUUGUUAAAAUAAAUAAAUGGAAGUUUGUACUUGUAAUCUGACAAGAUGUGAAAAAUUACAUAUAAGGUCAUAUAAGAGAAUGAGAGGAUUGUUUUAGCUUUAUGCAUCAAGAUGAAUGAAAGGGAAUUAUUUUGUCUUGUGUUUUUUUGUUUUUUUUUACAGAUUCUAUAUUUCCAUUUGCCUCCAAUGUUUCAAAAAUAUCUAUAGUGAUGUUGACAAAUUACACACAAGUAUAUUGCCAGCCUUACUGAUCUUGGGAAGAAGUUGGCUUGAUUUCAACUGAGUAUAACUAAGUUACUUUCUCCUUGGAAAACAUAGAAUGGAGCAACUUAACUAGAUUGUUAAUUACUGACUGAGAAAGUGAAUCAUUAGUUUCAAAACCAUGAUUAUUGGUUAUUCAAGUGAAUGGAUGGGAGAUGUUAAAUAAAUUCCCCUGUGAAUUUACAUCCUUCACAUGGAGGAGUGGGGCUCUGUCUAUCUGCCAGUCAUCUGUCACACAUCCAAAUAGAGACUAAAAAGCUUUCUGAAAACAUUCGAUUAAUCUCAGCCUAGCUGUUGCUUGACAGAUACCAGCAGGAGAGUAAGUGGUGGUCCGAGGGUCUCGGUCUGAGGGGCGCGUGAUGAAAAGCGAUGGCAUUUUAUCACUUCCUGCAGCGGUGCAAGGGGUGCAAGUUGCAUCGCAAAAAAUAGCAAUGCUCACAGCAAGGACCGACACUCUUGUAAACUAUUUUGUUCACUUUGUGGUGAAGGUGAAAACAAAGAGGUCUUGUGUCAAACUGACUUUGAAAGACGUGCUCUGAUGGCAAAAGAUGAGAGUAGACCUUUGACGAUGGAAAAAAUGGCUGCCAUUCAUGCAAAGGAGAAACUAUGUAUAUAAAAAUUUUGUUGUAUUAUAAGUACAAACUGUAAUAUAUUUUGUUUCUGUUUGGGGGCCAACGAACACAAAGUAGUAGAACACAAAGUAGAGCUUAGCUGAAUUGGAAAACAUGGCGGUAUGUUUUAUUUUGCUACUUAUAGAAGGCAAAUGUCCAAACAGGUUUCCUUCCAGGAUGUCUUGUGGAUCCUUGAAUCAGAGUUCAGUUUGCAAAUUCACCAAUUUGCAGAUUUGUCUGUGGAACUCUAAAUUGUCUGUGGAUCUUUUCAUAGAACAUAUCCAAGAUGAUCAAGAUAAAAAUUAUAGAGCCACGUUUAGGUGCAACUGACAUUUGCAAAGCAGCCAAAACUGCAAAGAGGCAGUUAUUUUACUUGGUGCAGAUUGGCUGUACUCCUCCUUGUAUGUAACAAAUUACACAAAAGCACUCUUUUGAUGAACAAAGUGACUUCUGAAUGCAAUGGGUUAGAUUUUUGUUCAGAGAUAGUUGAUAAAAUAGAUAUGUUGAUUACAAUUUUUGGAAUUUUAUUUUGCUAAAAAGUGCAAAACCCUUUGUAUGUUUUCUUUUACUUCAGUUAUGUGCUACCACAUAAAAUCCUAGUAAAGUGAAACAAAAUACACCGAGGGCCGCAGUUAUGAAACAACAAAUUGUGAUAAUGGGAUGUGAAUACUUUUGCAAGGCACAGAUGAGCAUGAAAUGUGUAGAGAAGUGCGGUCUGUCAGAAACUUUUUCCAACUCUAAAGGCAAGUGGACCAUGUUUGGAGAAGCCUUAGCUCCACUUUUGGAGGGGUCAGCCAAGAAUUUUAAUGUUCCAGGCAAAUUCUUCCAUCUGGCGUAUGUUACACAGUUGUUUACCGUCCCUCAUGCUCUUUUUACUGAGGCUCCUGCAAACAGAAUUUUCUUUUUUGUGGUUUUAUGGUCACGAGCUUCGCAUUUUAUGAUUCCAUGAAAAUGUCCAUAUAUCUGUUUGUCUGUCAAAUAGUACUGAGAUAAACAUAGUGUGUGUAGUCAUCAGAUCAUAAUGUGCCGUGAGAGCUAGCUGGGCUCCUGUUUGUACGGCUUAUGUCAAAGGGCUACUGCACCCCUUUUACGGAGAACCUGUGACACAGACAACUUUCUCUGGCUCUUGUUCUAGAAGAAGUGGGUGUUGCUGAGAAUAUCCUAAACAAUCUUGGAUAGAGAUGCAUUUUCUCCAAAUUUGGAGAUUUCUUUUUUAUUUUACGUUUAAUAAUGGUAUAUCGCUGGAUUGUACAGAGCAAUUUCAAGUGCCUUAUCAAGAGUGACAGGAACAAAUUGCUCCUUUUAUCUUCCAAUUGUUGUGGCAUUUUUAGUGUGAGUUUACUGAGAGGUUUGCUGAGCAUUUAGGAAAAAUCAAAUCCAGUCUUCCUGAAUAUAACCUACAGAAUUUGUUUUUUUUGCUGUUCCAGCUCUGAGCUCCUAUUCUUUAGUGUUAAUUUAAGUCAAUGCAGAGGAAAUGAAAAGAUGAAACUGAACUAGAAUAAUAAUCGCAGUGACUUUAAAUUUAUCAUCUCUAAAACUAUAAACAGUCAUUGGGGUGAAGAAUAUCAGUAAUAUACUGGGCUGGUUUGGUCGUGUUCACAACUGCUGCACUGGAAAAUGUGCAGGUUAGUUGGUGUGUGUGUGUGUGUGUCAUCAUUACAGAUCCCUUUGAGAUGUUUGUGGCUGGGUGUGAAAAUUGUUUGCUGUAAAAUAUUUUUAGAUUUCGUCAGUUUUGUUAAUUUUUUCAUAAAUGGCACCCUCUGUAUGAAAACAUCAAAUUGGAUAAAAUAAGAUGUAAAUCAAGAAAGAUCUGCAUUUUGUCCUCAUUCUUUUCCUCUGUAAAAUAAUGUCGCAGUAGUAAAAACGCUUCCAAAGACUCAGUUUUCUGUGCUACGUGUAGUUACACAAUAUUGUACAUUUUCUAUCACAUUUUGUAAAUCUGCGACUUUUAUCAUUGUAUAGAGUGGAAUUGUCGUAUUGAAAUUAUAUCUGUGUACAGCCUGUUUGUUGCUUAUAAGUUUUUUGUUUUUAUUUUUGGGGAAAAUGUUAUUUAGAAUUUAUGAAUAUUGUGAAAUAUGAACGAUAUAAAGACAGGGGGUGUAAUUAUAUGUGCAUUUCUAGAGUUUCAUGACUUGCAAAGAAAACAAAAAAAAAAACAUUCUUGCUGUGCAAUAUGAGAACUGUACCGUAACUUUUCCACAUGUGAGCGCAGGGGUCCAGGGGAUUUGAAGAAUGAUUUCUGCAGUGAGAGAAGAAGUGUGAGAGCGAGAGAAAACCCUGGAGGAUGACAGAAGCUAAAACUAGUUUCAGUGUGGCUCAAAAGCCCAGAGGCGAUGGCUUUCAUUUUGAUUUUCACCUGUAAAUUUAUGAGUCUUCACCCUCACCCUGGGAAGAAGCCGGUUCACUCAAUGGACACACUAUAUAACUUCUUGCAAUUUCACAACCUUUUUUUUUCCAUAAGUGGUUGUGUGCCCUGGUCUGAACUUCAAGGGGGAGGGAGUCACAGAACCCACCUGCGUUUCAAAUAAAACUCAUCAAAUAAAUCCAUAGCCUGCUGCAGAUGUUCAGCACACAUUCAAGUGUUAAUUUUACAUUUUUCUUACAUAUUUGGAUGUUCAUUGUGUAUUCAAUCACUGUGGCUUGUGGCUUCUAUUGCAAUAGGAAAAAAUAAUUCAGCAGUUUGUUGUUUGCCUUGUAUAUAUAUAUAACUUUAUGACAGUACAUUAUAUGUAACUCUGAUGCGGUACAUUUUAUAUGUACAUACACGUGGUAUAGCUACUAUCUGAAUGUCUCCCCUCCCUCUGCUAUUAAUACUUCCUGUACAGUAACAUUGGUAUUGAUUUCUGUUUUAAUGCAUUCUUGAUUAUUUGUUCUGAACAAUGAAUCUGGAGUGCUUUUAAUCACUCGCCACCUAUGAAACUGUAAGAUGAACUGCAUUAAGUGGUUACACUGUAUAAUAACCUCUUCAAAUAAAAUUGACAUUAAAAUAUUUAUGUUCUCUAGACAGUUGUUUUUUAAGUGCUGUUUGACUUACAAACAGCCACAUUGUGAACAUGUAAUCUUGUGGGUGUUUGUGUUAUUUUAAAAUUCACUAGAAUAACGGAUGUUAUCUGUAUUUAAUGCAAUUUGCAUUCAAUCAAAAAUGAUAAUAAUAAAAAGAAAAAGGCCUGCAGCCUGUGACAUCAGCGCUGAGCUGAUUUCCACAGCAUGACGUUGCCACCAUCGCGCUUCACAGUGGAAAUUUAAGUUAACCUGUACACACAUUGCAUUUUACAAACAUGUCUUAUCUGACCAAAUAUCACAAUGCAUAACAAGCUCUUCAGAUAAGUUAAAAUUAACCACGUAUGCAUUCCUUAUGAGAUCCUAAUUGGAAAGUUACUUUAUAAAGAUGAUGCCGUUGGUGCUUCUCAAGUGUUGUUCUCUUGUUUGUUUGUUUUUUUGUUUGUUUUUUAAGAUAAGCAGCAAUUAUACAUUCAGGACUGAGCUAACAAUGUACAUAAAUCUUCCCAUGUGUUCUCUGUUGGAUUUAGGCCCAGACUUUGACUUGGCCGUUCUGACACAUCAACAUACAUCAAUCAAAAACAUUUCAUUUUAGCUCUAUCCUGAUGUUCAGGCUCGUCGUGCUGCUGAACGUUGAACCUCCAUCUGAAGACCUUCACAGCCUCUAACGGGUUGUUUUAUUUCCAGUAUUGCAUGUAUGCCACACCAUCC